AUCAAAUAUUUUUGAUCCUUCGUCCCAACUUCCGCCCUUUUCUAAAUAAAACAAAAGAAAUCAAAAAAUUUGAUUUCUCUCUCCUCUUUCAUUUUCUCUCUCUUACCAACGACGACACAGAAGCAAGCAUAGACCGACGCCGGCGACCGUCGAUUAGUCGCAGAAUUUCAGCUCCGUUUUCACCGCCGUCGAUAAUUUCCGGCGAUCUUCUCUCUCCUCUUUUUCUCUCUCUUAAUCUGUAAGCUCCGAUCCACAAACUCUUUCUUCUUCUUCUACUUAUUUAUCUUCAAUUAUUCAUGAAAUUUUGAAUUUUUGUAAUUGCAUCGUAUACUUCAACUGAAUCGAAUUAUAUAUUUUUCACUGUUUUUGAGAAUUUUUAGGAGAAAUUAUUGAAAUUUCACCUUCCCUGGCAGUCGUCAAUGUCUGCCAGGGUUUUGUUAAUUUUGUGCGAAGAAUGGUGAAUUUUAGGGUUAGGGUUAGUGUUAGUGUUAGGGUUAGGGUUUGGGGUUUGUGAUGAUGAUGGUAGUGAAAGUUUGGAUAAUUUGAGAAAAUGGUGAGAUUAUUAGGGAUAACUAUUGGUGAGCCGGAUGAAUUUCCGAGGGAGAUAACUAGGACUAACCCGAUUAGUAGUGAAAGUGUAGGGGAGAAUGGAUGGCUUAUUCGGUUCUUUGAUUCGGCGUUUUUCUGUGAGUGGAUUGCUGUUAGUUACUUGUAUAAGCAUGAACACUCGGGUGUUCGGGAUUACUUGUGUAAUAGAAUGUAUACGCUUCCGUUAUCGGGAAUUGAGGGAUACUUGUUUCAAAUUUGCUAUAUGAUGGUGCAUAAACCGAGUCCAUCAUUGGACAAGUUUGUGAUUGAUGUGUGCUCCAAGUCGCUUAAGAUUGCGUUGAAAGUGCAUUGGUUUUUGAUGGCGGAGAUUGAGGAUUGUGAUGAUAAUGACGGGAUUAGUAGGAUCCAAGAGAAAUGCCAGAUUGCCGCUACACUGAUGGGUGAUUGGCCGCCUCUUAUUAGGCCACUGAAUGAGGGGGUUGGCUCUGGGGGUAAGAAUCAAAUGCUUAACAAGUUGCUUUCUUCGAAACAACGGCUUUUGUCGUUGACAUCAUCCCCGCCAAUGCAAAGGUCAUUCACCUUCUCACCCUCGUCAGGGUCUAAUGUGGGUGAUGAAAAUGGGAAGAUGUCGCCUGAUGAGAACAACAAACUUUUUAAGAAGUUUAUGCCAGGUCCCAAAGUCAGGGAUGCUUUGCUCUUUAGGAAGUCAGCUGAGAAAGAAGAUGAUGACUCGGAAAAGGAUGGCUUCUUUCGGAGGCUGUUGAGAGAUAGUAAAGAUGAGGAUGAGGAGUUGACAGCUAGUUCUGAGGGCUUUUUUAAGCGCCUUUUCCGUGAUAGUAAGAGUGAUUCUGAAGAGAGGUCUGUUUCUAGAUCAAUAGAUGAUGAUGAGAAAGAGAAUUUCUUCAGGAAAAUGAUCAAGGAAGUCUUUGAUGAUAAGAAGGAUGCCAAUGAGAGAAACAAUGAAGAAGAAAAGGAUGGGAUUAGGAAAUCAGUUGAAGAUGAUGAGAAGGAAGGGUUCUUUAAGAAACUUUUCAAGGACAAGUUUGAGGACAAAAAGGAUGGGAAUGAGGGAAUUGAGGAUGAGCACAAAAACUGUUCAAAUUCGGUUAAGGAUGAUGACAAAGAAGGUUUUUUCCGAAAGCUUUUUAAGGAUAAGUCUGAAGAUAAGAAGGAUAUUAGUGAGAGGAAAGAUGAUGAAGAUGAUGAGAAAGAAGGUUUUUUCCGAAAAUUCUUCAAGGAGAAGUUUGAGGAGAAGACAAUCAUUAUUGAAAGCCUCAAUCCUGCUGAAGAUAAGAUUCAUGCCAAUGGCGAUGAGGAGGAACCUUCAGAUUUUCCACUCUUCCGCAAAUUGUUCCGUGUACAUCCUGAAGAGGCAAAGGCUACAGCUUUAGAGGCAAAUGGUUUUGAAGGCAGUCCAGGAACAGAGAACUUCUUUCGCAAGUUGUUUCGAGACCGUGAUAGAUCUGUGGAAGACUCUGAGCUUUUUGGCAUAAAAAAGAUAAAAGAGAAAAAUCUUGGUUCAGUCGGUUCUCCCUCGCAGCAGAAUCAGAAAACAAACUUGAAGCCUCCGCUUCCAAAUAGCGCUAUAUCGCAGUUCCGUAAAGGGGCAUACCAUGAGUCAUUGGAUUUUGUACAUGCACUUUGUGAAACUUCCUUCGGCUUAGUGGAUGUGUUUCCUGUUGAAGAUCGCAAAUGUGCACUUCGUGAGUCCCUUGCAGAAAUCAAUUCUCAUGUGGCUGAAUCUCAGACUAGUGGAGGAGUGUGCUUUCCUAUAGGAAAAGGGGUUUAUCGUGUUCUCAACAUACCUGAAGAUGAAGCAGUGCUUUUAAAUUCCCGAGAGAAAGCACCUUACCUUAUUUGCGUCGAGGUUGUAAAAUGUGAAACUCCAAGUUAUGUCAAGGAUACAUCAAAUGCACAAAAGCUAUCUAAGGGAGGAAUUCCUCUAGCAUAUGGAGACGCACUAUUGCCAAAGCCCCCUCCUUGGGCUUACCCAUUGGGGACAGUACAAGAGGCCUACAAUAACGAUGACAGGAUGUCGAAAUCAACAUCCCAAGUAAUUGAUCGAGCUAUGGGUCAGUUCAAGGAAGCGAAAGUGAAGUUUGUUAGUGUCAGCCUAUCAGUGGAGGAGCAAUGUUGUGAUCAGCCGUUCCAUGGACAGUCUAAUUUAUUGAGGGUUGGGAGACAUACUGAUUUGGAGUAUGUCAGAGUUGUGUUGACAACUGAUCCUAGACUUAGAUUAGAAGACAUAGAAGAUCAAGAGCCACCACGCAGAAAAGAGCAUCGGCGUGUUCCAAGUAUUUUAGCUAUGGAAGAAGUAAAGGCUGCAGCAGCUAAAGGGGAAGCGCCUCUUGGGUUGCCCUUGAAAGGGGCAGGGCAAGAUUCGGAUGCACAAUCUAAGGUUGCAAAUGGUGGUCCCCCAAAGCCUACUGAUGCAUUAUCUGGUGAACUUUGGGAAGUAAAAAGGGACAGGAUCCAAAAAGCCUCAGUUCAUGGAAAAUUGCCUGGCUGGGAUUUGCGCUCUGUUAUCGUGAAGAGUGGUGAUGAUUGUAGACAGGAGCAUUUGGCUGUACAACUUAUCUCUCACUUUUAUGAUAUUUUUCAAGAAGCUGGACUCCCUCUAUGGCUGCGCCCUUAUGAGGUUUUGGUAACCUCAUCUUACACGGCGCUUAUUGAGACAAUUCCUGACACGGCCUCAAUCCAUUCGAUUAAGAGUAGAUAUUCUAAUAUGACAAGUUUGCGUGAUUUCUUCAAUGCAAAGUAUCAGGAAAACUCUCCAAGUUUUAAGCUUGCUCAGCGGAACUUUGUGGAAAGUAUGGCGGGUUACUCUUUGGUCUGCUACCUUCUACAGAUCAAGGAUCGGCACAAUGGUAACCUUUUGUUGGAUGAAGAGGGUCAUAUUAUUCAUAUUGACUUUGGAUUCAUGCUGUCAAAUUCUCCCGGGGGUGUCAAUUUUGAAAGUGCACCAUUUAAAUUGACUCGCGAACUUCUUGAGCUGAUGGAUUCUGAUGCUGAAGGAGUUCCCAGUGAGUUUUUUGAUUAUUUUAAAGUUCUUUGCAUUCAAGGUUUCCUCACAUGCCGCAAGCAUGCGGAGCGAAUCAUUCUUCUUGUGGAGAUGCUGCAGGAAUCUGAAUUCCCAUGCUUUAAAGGUGGCCAACGAACAAUACAAAAUCUGCGAAAACGUUUCCAUUUGAGUCUUACCGAAGAGCAAUGCGUCUCCUUAGUGCUAUCCCUGAUAAGCAGCAGCUUAGACGCAUGGCGUACAAGACAAUAUGAUUAUUAUCAGAGAGUUUUAAAUGGGAUAUUGUGAUGACACAUGUUGUCUGGACAUGGCCAUUCAAGGUGGUUGAUUCCUACAGAAAUGGCUCUCAAUGAAAGCACUUUGAUUGAAGUGGACCUGUGCGUAGUAGUCAAGGAAACAGUAUUACUGGCCAUUGUGCUAUUAAAUGCUGUUUGGAGGAUGGGAAAGGAUCAAUGGUAAAUUUGCAGUUUGAUCUGCUGCCCAGUUUUUUAUCUGGAUGUGAGUAUUUGUAAACUUAUCGGGCAUGAAAUCGCCGGUGAAAGUGGAGACUACCAGGCUGGACAUUCGGUUGAAGGUGAUUGUGUUGUGUUUGUCCUUUUUUUCCUCGCUUCAUAUCUUAUGAAAGCUUUGCUUGGCUGGUUACGCUUUCCUCUUCAGCUCAGAUGAGUCAGAGUCGUGACACUGUAAAUACUGAUUCUCUGGAUGGCCAAAUGGUCUUAUCGAGUUUUUCCAUUGAUUUCUCUCUCCUCAGACACCAGCUUCUAAGUUGUACAUUUCGGAAUACAAUUUGAAGAGGUUAAGUGGCUUUGCUGGAACUUGCUCACCAGAGUGGCACUUGCUGUCUGUAUUCCAUCUUAAGCUUCAUAUGAUUUCAAUUGUAAAAUUUUGCGUCCUUUAUGUAAGCAAGUUGGCCAUUUUCUCGAGUGAUUUCAUGUGUAUAAUUUCUUUUCUAUAAUCCGCUUCUACAGCUACAAUUGAGCUUUUAGUGGUUUAUUGCCUCCGUUAUCAGGCCUCUUUUUUUCUUUUUGUGUAGAAUGUGUGACUAGGUAACUUGUUAUCUCAUUGUAUCUUAACAAAAACAUGGCAUCCCUUCUCUGAGAAGAUGGAAUUGAAAGGUUGUGAAUUUUGUGAUAUUGAAUGAAGUAGUUGCAUUUGCUCUUGAUCAAUACAAUUGAUCAUUUGGAUGCUUGAAGUGUUUCCGCUUUUCAA